CUGAUAAUAUCUAGUUGCAAAGAAGUGUCAACUUUUAAAGCUAUUUAUUUUACAUAAUGAUACCGAUGAGAUUAUGGUUAACCUUCUAAAUUAGAAUUGGUUUCACCUCUGUUAUUUAUUUUAAUAUUUUUACUCUUCCUUGUGUUAUCAGCUAUUUUCUAUAUGCACAACUACUUAUCGCUCAUGUUGGAUAGAAAGAAAAACCUAGGGUUAGUUAUAUCUUCUUAAUGCUAUACCAUCUGCUGCUAAUUUCAUAAAUUUCCACAGAUGACCAUCAAUUACUUUAGUGGUCUGAAGAAUGACAUGCUCAUGCAGAGAUAUGGAUUUUCUUCACCUGUGAAUCCUUGGGAUGUGAUCCAGUUCUCAGGCAAUGCACGUAUUCAUUUGGAUUCAUUCUUGUCAGUCUUCAAUAUAGCCGGCCUUCCUGAAGAGUACUAUCAUAACACAGGUCGGCUAUCCAAUGAUGGAGAUACUUUUGUUGAUGGAGCAGUCAUAGCAGCAGCAAGAACGGUUCCCACUUGGUCAGAUGGGGAUGUGCCUCCAAUCCCAAGCCUGGAAAGGAAAGCUGUGAAGGAGUUACAGGAAGAAUGCCAACAAAUGCUUGCAGAAUUUCCUACUAACUCUGAGCAAGACCAGAAACUGCUAGAUUCUAUGCCAGAAGCUAGCAGAGCACUUGACACUGCAAUAAAGUAUAGGUUGCACCGGAAGUUGUUCAUAGGGAAAGUCAUUCUGGCAUUGGAGAUGUAUCAAGAGCAAAUAUUGUUCUAAUUCUUGAGUUUUCAACUUUAAAGAUGUAGGAAAAUUUUGUUUAGCUAAUUAUUCAAAAACUUUAUUAGUUGAAGGACUAAUGUUAGUAAACUAGUUCAAAGUGUUUGGAAAUCUGUGUUUGUGCAAAGUUGUUUGCCUUUUCUUUUACUAUACUUUUUGCUUAAUCCUCUUUCUCGGCAGAUGAUCAUAUAAAGCAGCUACAUAUGCCUUCAUACA